UAACCAAAAUGUCUGUACAUCUUCACAAAUAUUAAAAUUAUUUCGUCUAGCCCAAUUCCAAAUAGAAUAUUUACUAAAAAGUCAGCAAGAGAUGGUUGUUAAAGUUGAAAAAAUGGAAAAAUUGGCUAAAAAAUAUAAAAGAGAAAAUAAAAUAAUUAAAGAACAAUUUUGUUAUGGACCUAAUAAUGAAGUUGAAAAUGAAGUUGGAGAAAAUGAAAAGAAAAAUAAGAAAAAUAUUGAAGAAUGUAGUCAUUGGAAGAGAGAAUUAUUCAGGUGUAAUGAAUGUAAUAAAUUAUUUUUACAUUCAAAUUUUUUAUUUGAACAUAUUCAACGUAAACAUAACAAUAAUCACAACAACAAUAUAAAUAUUAAUUUAAAUAAUUUAAAUCCAAAUAGUAAAGCUAUUAAAAUUCUGGGAGUAAAAAAUGAUGAUUUUAUAUUAGACAAUAAUGAAAAAUUAAUUAAUAAUGAUAAAUUAAAUAAUGUAAAAAGACAAAGAAGAGGACAUUCACAAGGAUCCUGGAGAAGUUUACAAAGAAAAAACACCCAAAAACAACAAAACAACACAAACAAUCAAUUAUUAAUAAAUUCACAAAAACAAAAAACAUCUUCAUUUUAUUAUUAUCCUAGCAGUGAAAGAGCAUCUUCUGUUAGUGAAGAAAUUAUUGAAGAAAAGAAUAAUAAUGUAGGAGAGGAAAGUACGAAUAGAACAAUAAUAAUAAGUGAAAAUGAAGAAUAA